GGUGUCGGUGGGACGCCUCGCUUUCGUUCACCCGAUCGGUGGCGUAACCGCGAUCAUUCUCUUAUCACGGGUAGACGCGAGGGAUUCUGGUAGCUGGCUCCCGCAGAGGGGUCGCUUGACACGCAGGGUGGAUGUCACGCGUCCCCGGAACGCCUAUAGACCCGAACAGAGAUACUUUAUGAAUGAUCGGAUCGACGGGGAGGGAUAUCAGUCGGGAAGGCACGAGGCUACCAUCGAGGAGUUCCGUGGCCGGGAUAGUACCGUUCUCGCGGAGUCGUCGCGCUUCGAUCGGACGUGGACCGUUGUUCUUUCGACGCCGAUCGUUCUGACACGACGAAACGAACAGGAAAAAAGAAAGAAGAGUACGGGAGGAUCGCGCGUCGUUCCAGAUACACCCGUCAACCCCGAGCCCGUCGAUCGACCCAGAGGAUCCCAUCGAUCGAGGAUCGUCGAGGUGCAACCGGCCUAGACGUCACUGGUACCAUCGCCCGCAGAGAUUCUCGGUGGAAGUCAUCGUCGAAUUCGCUCGGGCGAUAAAGACGGCGAUCGAAUACCACCGAGUGUUCACCAAUGAGCGUGGCGUGCAACGGUUGCAAACGAGGAGAAAACCGUGGAACGCGCACGAGGAACCGACAGUGCAGCGCUUUGGCGACCGGGGUCCUCCAGACACCCGGAUUCUCUCCGACACCACCUGACCCAGCCACCUCCCUUCAUCGCGAGACCGACGAUCUUCGCAACGUAACCAUCCACCAUGGGACUCGACUUCCUGGCAGACGGAAGUGCCGAUUUCGAGCAUGCAAUCACCGAAACAGGAUUCGGAAAGUUUCAUUACAUGCUGCUGGCGGUAUGCGGUUUGAUUUACAUGGACACAGCGAUAGGGGUUACGAUACUCUCGUUCGUUUUACCCGCGGCGCAAUGCGACUUGGAAAUGGACUCCACGUCCAAAGGAUGGCUCACGGCGUCCCCGAUGUUAGGUAUGGUGAUUGGUUCCUACAUAUGGGGUUGCCUGGCUGACAUCAAGGGACGUAAAAUCGUUCUAAUCGCUACUUUAUUGAUGGACGGUAUCGUCGGCAUCGUCUCAUCUUUCGUCCAAUACUUUUGGGUCUUCUUGGUCUUCCGUUUCUUCAACGGGUUCGCCGUUACGGGAGCUAUGGGAAUUUGUUUUCCAUAUUUAGGGGAAUUCCAGCCGACAAAGUAUCGCGAACGAUGCCUUUGUUGGAUGGAAAUGUUCUGGACAGUCGGAGUUAUAUUAUUACCAUUGAUCGCUUGGCUGAUCAUCCCGAUAGACUUCAUGUACGUCUCGGACACGUUUUACUUUAAGUCAUGGAAUCUCUUCGUGGCGCUGUGCGCGCUACCCUCGUUGAUGCUGGGCCUCUGGUUGUUCGCGUUCCCAGAGAGUCCAAAAUUCCUUCUAGAGUGCGGCGAAACGGACGCCGCCCUUGAAGUCUUCAAAUGGAUCUACGCUCAGAACACCGGACAAAGUCCAGACUCCUAUCCGGUGAAAUCCUUGCAAGAGAAGACCAAGGAUAAGAGCAUGAGGUCUCUGAAGCUGCACAAACGUAAAGAUUUGAAGGUAUUGAUAAAGGAGGUGCGUGACCUGACGGCAGCUCUCUGCAAAUCACCGCAUCUGAACAACACGCUGCUGGCUUGCGGCAUACAGUUCGGUUUGACCAGCAGUUACUAUACUCUGAUGGUCUGGUUCCCAGAAUUAUUCACCAGAUUCGAGCAGUUCGAACACAACAAUCCCGGCGAGACUACGUCGGUCUGCAUAGUGUCGGCUCUGUCGGACAACGCGACCCUCGCCGAUCCUUACGGAUGCGAAACAGUGAUCACGUCUUCCGUCUAUCUGCACACGGUGUACAUUGGACUCGCCUGCAUUCCUGGAUCCAUCAUUUUGCCAAUUUUCGUGCACAAACUUGGCGCCAAAUUCUUCUUGAUCUUGUCUCUGCUGGUAUCCGGCGCUGUAACGAUAGCCUUUUAUUACGUGGUCAAUGCGACACAAAACUUAAUAUUAUCCUGCGUGUUCGAGGCCCUGACGUCUCUUGGUAUCUCGUUAGUCUAUUGCGUAAUCGUCGACAUGUUCCCGACGAAUCUCAGAGUAAUGGCUGCGGCGUUGUCUCUAACAAUGGGUCGAUUAGGCGCUCUCAUUGGUAAUUUGGUGUUUGGCUACCUAAUCGACUUGGCCUGCGUAAUUCCUAUAGUAUUAUUCGCAGCAUUUUUAUUCAUGUGUGGAAUCAUGUCGUUCCUGUUGCCAAAGACAGGGAAAGAGACCCUCGAUUAACUAAACAGAGAGCCGUCUCCUGGCGAGAAAUGGCCAAAGAGAAUGUCGAAAGUAAAUCGAAGAACAAAGAAUCAUUCGCAUUGACACGAAUCGUUUUCCAUUCCUUCGGAAUUAAGGAGAUAUUUGACCACCACCCUCGCGAACACCGGUAUUACGUCGUAAUAUCGAUCGAAGGGAAUUUUUAAUCCUUCGAAUCAACGUCGAACUUAGUUGUAAAUGUUUCUGUUUUCGCGCACUUUCGCAUCAAAGGCUCUUAACGAGCGUGUAAAAUGAUUUUCGCCGAAAGUCGAUUUGUCGAUCCCGAUAGCUUGAUGUAAAUUCAUGUAAAUAUGUAAUAUUUAUUUGCGGACGUGGUUCGCGAAUGGCACCAUUCGUCUUUUAUAUCGUAUUAAAGAAGCUCGAUAUUACAAAUUACGAAAUGUACCUUCGUUUACGAUCGAGCCUAAACGUGUCAAUUUAGUCGUUUAACACGAUACUAUAUCGUAUGUACCUAAUAUUAAGUGAUGGUAUUUACCGUUUGUAAUUCCUUCGUUCGUUUGUGAAAGCCUGUAUUCCUGACAUAUUCGAAUAAACAUAAUUUACGAUGAAAA